UCUAUGCGGGAUUCAGUUAUACUGCGACAGUCGUGCUAAGCCGAUCAUUUGGAACCCGACGAUGAUUUUGAGAGUGUUAGUGUUGGCCGCUGUGGUAGUGCUUUCGUCCGCGGACCGACCUCAAUGGCGGAAGAUAGAAGGAGAUCUUGCUCCAGAGCCAGACGUUAAGCUGUUGCAGGAGGUAGACGCAUCUUUCCGGCUUCCGGAUGCGGUUUCCGUUCCAACGCACUACAAUCUACAUCUGCGAACGGCAAUCCAUGAAAACGACCGAGCGUUUCAAGGGACCGUAGAGAUUUUCCUGAACGUGUUGACAUCAACUGAUAUCGUAACAAUUCACAAUCGCAAUCUGGGAAUUUGGAAGGUCACUGCUUACAAGGUUUCCGAGGGAGGUGAUCUGGAAUUUCUGGGAACACCAUCGUUCGAAACCGACACUAGAAUCGAACAUUUAGUCAUAACCUGCGAGGAACAACUUUUGAUCGGUAGUUACAUGUUUAAGGUAGAGUUUUCUGGCAAUCUGCAGAAUAAUAACAACAUGGGAUUCUUCGCCUCAUCGUACGUGGAUGAUAAUUGGAAGCGUCACUAUUUGGCUUCUAGCAAGUUCGAACCGACCCAUGCCAGAUCGGCAUUUCCGUGUUAUGACGAGCCCAAAUUGAAGGCAACGUUCACCUUAUCGAUAACCCACUUCAAGGAGUAUCAUGCCGUUUCCAAUAUGCCGCAAGACGGAGAUGUUAUUCCCGACCCAGCUGAUCCGAACUACGUAACUACAACUUUUCAGAAAUCAACCAAAAUGUCCACGUAUCUUUUGGCAUUUGCUGUAUCCAACUUUCGCUAUCGUAUUAGCGGAAUAAAUUCGGUUUAUGCAAGACCAGAUCUUUACAAUGCGACUGAAUAUGCACUUGAAGUCGGAACAGAUGUUUUGAAUGCCCUCUCGGAUUAUACGGGAAUACCGUAUACGAGCUAUAUGAAAAAAAUGACCCAGAUUGCUAUACCGGAUCGCGGAUAUGGAGCCAUGGAAAACUGGGGACUAGUAGCAUAUGGUGAGCCCGUUUUACUGUUCGACCCAGCGGUAAAUACCUAUCGUAAUCGGAAAUCGGUUACUACGAUAAUUGCGCACGAAUUCGCCCAUCAGUGGUUUGGAAAUUUAGUCAGUCCGGACUGGUGGGACUAUAUUUGGCUAAACGAGGGUUUCGCAACGGUUUACGAGUACUAUGCGGCCCAGUUGGCCUACCCCGAGGAUCGUUAUUGGGAUCUGUGGAACGUAGAGGUUAUCCACAAUGCGUUCAGUGCCGAUGCCAAUCUGAACGUACGACCGAUGACUUGGAAUGCGGUCAGUCCUGGUGAAAUCGCUGGAUUGUUCGAUACUGUCGCAUAUGACAAAGCUGGCAGCGUACUGAACAUGUUCCGAGUUGUGUUCCAAGACGACAAUUGGAGGGAGGGAUUGCAGUCUUACUUUGUGAAUAGAGAACUAAAUAGCGCAACUGCUGAUCACCUGUCCGUAGGAUUACAGUCGGCAUUGGACGGAAAGAACAUUCUGCCGAAAACUUUCAGCGUCAAGCAACUCAUGGAUUCGUGGACCACCGUGUCGGGAUUCCCGCUGUUAACGGUACGACGAGACUACAAAAAUGGGGAGAUCUACAUAUCUCAGGAGCGAUUUUAUAGCGACAGGAAGCUGCCGAACACUCACAUCUACCAUAUCCCGUAUAAUUACGCUACGGAGUCCAAUGCAAACUUCGCGUCCCUCGAGUUCGACUGGCUGUCAACGAAGAGUGCCAAAUUGACUACCUCGGCAGACGCCGAAGAAUGGAUAAUUUUUAACAAACAGCAAACCGGUUAUUAUCGGGUUAACUACGAUCAAGCAAAUUGGAACUUGAUUAUCAACCAACUCCAGCAGAAGCACUCCGUAAUUCACGUCCAGAAUCGAGCCCAGCUGAUCAACGAUGCGUACUAUCUUGCCCGUGCCGAUCGUUUGGAUAUGGCAUUGGUCUUGCAGCUGAUGACGUAUCUGAAACAGGAAUACGAAUAUCCAUCUUGGGCGGCGGCGAGUUCGGUUCUCUCAUAUUUCAACUAUAAAUUGCGCGGAACUCCACAAUAUCCCAACUUCCUCGAGUACGCACAGCAGAUCAUCAACCCGGUCUACUCGAAUCUACCGGUAGAUAGCGUCUCGGAAAAGGACACUCUGCUGGGUAAUUAUCUUAGGCAACUCAUUACUAACUGGGCCUGCCUCACCGGUAAUACCGAUUGUUUAAUGCGAAUGCAAACAGCGCUUGAACAAGCCGUUUCGACUGACGUACCCGUGGAUCCCGACAUUUCCUAUGUAGUGUACUGUUACGGUUUGUACAACGCGGGACAGACGGAGUUCGUCUGGUUGUACAAACGAAUGCUAGCAUCCAAAAAUCAAGCCGAACGGGCACUGCUCAUCGACUCGCUGGCUUGUUCGCAGAAUCAAACCUUACUCGAAACAUUCCUGAUGACUUCGAUCGGCAGUGGAUCUGAGUUCAACUACCUGGAAACGGAACGCACACGAAUUGUUUCGGCCGUCUAUUCGGCUAGCCGGGUGGGAGUAGAUGCGUUGAUCGAGUUUCUUUCGAACGACGACAUCAUUGAUGAAUUCAUCGAUCGUCUCGGUCUGUCCGUGGUUGAGAAUGCGGUAGUCAAUAUUGCUUCCCGGACAAACAACGAAGCCGAGAAACAACUACUCAACGGUUUGCUUAGCAAAUUAACGAAAAAGAUUAGCAUGGCUACCGUCGGUACAGUUAUCAACACCAUCCUCAAUAAGGACGAUUGGUUCAACUCGUUGGAAGGCUUGAUCGGAGAAGAAUUUUUCGAGAAGUACAAAUCGGCGUAGUUUUGUUUUUUCCAUGCACAGAUAACUUUAUUCUUCUUCUAGAAUACAUAAACUUAAUAGCUAGUCUUAACUAAA